CGUGAGGUGGGGGCGGCCCUGCCCGGCUGAGGUGGGUGGCGGGACCGGAGCUGGGGCUGACCUGGCGCGGUGCUGCGGUCCGACGGGGCGGAGCGGGCUCGGGGCCCGGUGGGGCGGCGGCGGCGCUUUGUGCGAGUGGGAGGGCGGAGCAGAGCCGUGUCAGCGGCGGGGGCGCUGCGGGGCCGGGCCGGGCCCUUCCUCCGCCUUCUCCUCCUCCUCGUCGUCCUCGUCCUCCGCCGCAGGUCCCAGCGCGGCCCCGGCGGAAGAUGCGCGGCCGGCGGUGAGCGGCGGCGGGGCAGAGGCCGCAGCCCGAGGCUGGCGGGCGGAGGAUGCGGGCCGGGCCGCCCCGCCGAUGAGAGGCAGGAUGGGCACCCAGGGCAGCCCAGUGAAGAGCUACGAUUACCUGCUCAAGUUCCUGCUGGUGGGCGAUAGCGACGUGGGGAAGGGGGAGAUCCUGGAGAGCCUGCAGGACGGCGCUUCCGAGUCCCCCUACGCCUACAGCAACGGAAUUGACUACAAGACCACUACUAUCUUGUUGGAUGGCAGAAGGGUCAAGCUGGAACUCUGGGACACCUCAGGGCAAGGAAGAUUUUGCACUAUUUUCAGAUCCUACUCCAGGGGAGCCCAGGGAAUUCUCUUGGUAUACGACAUCACUAAUCGCUGGUCCUUUGAUGGGAUAGACCGAUGGAUAAAGGAAAUAGAUGAGCACGCCCCAGGUGUCCCUCGGAUCCUGGUGGGAAACAGGCUGCACCUGGCCUUCAAGCGGCAGGUGCCGACGGAGCAGGCGCGCGCCUACGCCGAGAAGAACUGCAUGACCUUCUUCGAGGUGAGCCCCCUGUGCAACUUCAACGUCAUCGAGUCCUUCACGGAGCUGUCCCGCAUCGUCCUCAUGCGGCACGGCAUGGAGAAGAUCUGGAGACCCAACCGAGUGUUCAGCUUACAGGACCUGUGCUGCCGAGCCAUCGUGUCCUGCACCCCGGUGCACCUCAUCGACAAGCUGCCCUUGCCCGUCACCAUCAAGAGCCACCUGAAAUCCUUCUCCAUGGCCAACGGCAUGAACGCCGUGAUGAUGCAUGGCCGCUCCUAUUCCCUGGCCAGCAGCGGGGGCGGGAGCAGCAGCAAAGGGAACAGCUUGAAGAGAUCCAAAUCCAUCCGGCCGCCCCAGAGCCCCCCACAGAACUGCUCACGCAACAACUGCAAGAUCUCUUAGCAGGACAGGCACUCUGAGCUUGUGUCGGAUCCACGCCCACCCGCCGAUGUACAGCUGUUUGCACACUGAACCCUUCUCCACUGGAUCCUUUCAGAUGGGCCAUGGUUGCUUUUCCAAUGGCACGCACGAGCGUUAGGAAUGUGCUCACGUUUUGGCUUGGCAUAGGAAGAAGCAUGGUGCCGGCUGGAUCCCGCAGCGCUGGCGGGGAGAGGAUCUGCCAAGUGACCCUCCAAGAAUGCUUUGGGCUUUGCCUCUUGGCCUGGGGUGGAAAAUUCAGCAGCUGCCGGGUUAGGGAGGGGGAAAGGGGAAAAAAAGCUCAUCCAGUCUCAAUGGAGCAAUGGAUUUAAUGGAAGAUUGAGAGGCUUAAGGGAGUAGGCAAGGAGAGUCUGUGCUGCAACUUUUAACUCUUGGCCUCCUGAACAGAUUGCUGGUGCAAUAGUGAUCAUUGGAUGUAGACAAAUAAGCGGGGACAGGGGACUAAUGACAGUUUUCACCAGGAUGUUAACCUGCUGUUGCCAAAAAAACCAGAAAACAAGGCAAGAGCUGGCCAAUUAGAAAGGGGAAGGCAGCGCUCCAUUCGACGCCUUCACUUAUUUAUGUAAAUAUUAUACAUAUAUAUAAAUAUCACUUGUUUUUUAAGGGUUUUUUAAGAAGCAGUCAGGGAAAAUUUUAUGCAGCCAUGUAAAUACAAGCACUGGAUUGACUUUCCCAGUGUCAGCAAAGGGGACAAGUGGAGGAUUUUCCAAUGAAAACACAUAAAUGCUUUAAGAGACUUUCCCUCACCUCUGGGCUCGUGCUGGUGCUUUUAAAUACUACAUGUGCAGAAGGAAAGGACAAUUGGUGUUUAACAUGCCCCAAGCUGCUCUAUUCCUUUCAUUCACUAGAACCUGUGAGUGCUGAAGGCAGGGUGGGAUCGCAGUGCAUGGAGAGGCAGAGCAGCGAGGCCAGGGUCCUGGGGGGUUGGAGUGUUUUGGCAGGCAGGAGGAAGAGGCAGCUCUGGGGUCAGACUGAGGCCUUGGUCACUUUGUGCUUUCUCAUCGGGGAUUUGGGAAGAGGGGGUGGAAGCAUUGUGCCUGAAGCAGAGGAAAAAUGCUGAAUUUUGUCCCUUAUUGUUGCAAAGUCUCAUCCAUCGCUUCUAGUGCCCUCUAUCCAUGACAGCUCCUGGAUCCUGGCUGCUUCCAGCUUGGCUUUCCCAAAGGUGCUGCCUGAGCUUGCACUGCUGUAGCUCCUCCUGGAUGAAAGGGGGAAAGGACAGAAGUGGCUUUUCCCACUGGAGCAUGAAGGAGCAGGGACUGGGAAGGUGGAAGGUCGGGGUGAGGAAAUGGCGAUCUCCAGGUCCCUCGGUGGCAAAAUCACCUGGCUUUCGGAGCAAUCCCAGGAGACUGGGAGAGCAAACUGCUUUGCUCCAUGGCAUGGCUCCUGGAUCUUAGAGGGGCAAUAGCUUGAAAUGGAUCUUCUGUCAAGCAAGUGCACCUGCCUCUCUGGCUUUGUUCCACAGCUGAUCUGUGCUGGAAAUUCACCUGCAAACUGAGAAAUAGCACCCAGCCCUUAUCCCAAAAGCUAAGGGAGCCUGGCAGUGGGGCUGGGCCAUGGUGGCAGGUUCUCAUAGGUGGCCAGGUGGCUGGGCCAUGGUGGCAGGUUCUCAUAGGUGGCCACAGUCUACAUAGGUGUGUAGACUGUGAGUAGCGUGGUAGCAAGUGAAGUAUACAGUGCUGCCAUCUCCUCCUGGGAUCAGCUCACUGUGCUCCCCCUUUCCAGGCAGCCUGCGGCACUGUGUGGGCAGAAUGAAGCCGCUGCAGUUCUGGCGCGGCCGACAGACCCGCUGUGUCCAGGCAGCAGGGACAGGAGGGACACGUCCCCCUGUGGGGACACCGCUUCCCUCGCUCCCAAGCCAACCUGGGGGUGCCGGAGGCUUCCCCCUCCCCUCCCUGCAGAGCACAGCACGGGCAGGUCUCUUGGCUCAGCUCUCUCAUGCUUUAUCACCCAGCUCAAGUGAGCGAGGACAGAAUUAAACCCCAGGCAGGUGGAGGGGGAGAGGAAUCCUUUGAAGGGGUGCUUUGGCUUGAGAGCAAAGCCGCAGCCGGGCUGUCCCGGUGGCACGAAGGCCAGGGGAUUUGGAGAACCUGUCUGGAUGGCUGGCACCUGUUUCCCAUCACUUAACACGCAGCAGAAGACAAUCGCUGGCUCAGCAGCCCAGGGAUAUACGGCCAACAGGUGACCGCCCCCCAAGGGCAGCUCCUCCCAGGAAUCACCCCCGGCCAGUGCCGGUGUGUGGGACGAAGAGGGAUAAAGGGAUCCUUCCUGGAAUCACCAAGCUGCUGCAUGUCUCAAAACUCGCUGUACCUCUGCUUAGGUUUGGCUGUGCCACGUGCGCCACCUCCCCAUGCUGUUUCCCUGUGGUUGGUUUAGGUUUUGUCACCCUGUCUCGCAGAUCCUGUCUGGAGUGAGGAUGGAAGAUUUCCCUGGAGUGAUUGCCCAGCAACAAACUUUUUUUAUUUUUUAAUUUAAAAGGAAAAGAUUCUUGCAUCUGAUGUCAACACUAGUCUGUAGCUGCUCUCCAACACUUGUACCAUUCCUCAGUUGGGUUUUUUUUGGACUAUCCUUUUAUUUUUUUAUUCCUUUGUACAGUCAGUGUUGUUUACCUGAUUCUACAUGGUUUUGUUUUGUAUAAAUUAAAGUCUUUUUGUUUGUUUUGAACUACCA